AUGGCUGCCCAGGGCUUUAGAACGGACUCCAUUGUCCUAACAGGAGGGCUGACCCGUACCCCAGAAUCGGGCCAGAUUGUCUCGGAUGUCUUUGGCGUGGCAGUGACUGUACCGGCAACGGCCGUGGAGGGGUGCGCCUGGGGCUCGGCCGUGCUCGCGAAGUAUUUAUCACACACAACCUCUGCCACUUUGAGCAGGGAGUUGCCCACCCCAUGGCCCGAAUUUCUGGGUCAGGUCGCGGCCCAAAGGCAGAGCUGCACGUUCUUACCCAACCCCGAAGUUCGGGACAUAUACGAGAGCAUGUUUGUGAAGUACAAGCGCAUGCUGGAUUUGCACACACAGAUCGAACGAGUGAUGAAUGGCAGUGGUGAGGUUCCCCCAUAGUUGAGCUAAUGCCUAAAACGAACUAAGUCAAAGUCUCAGUGCGGGGGCUUUUAAACCCUAAACUCAAAAACCCUAAAGCCUAAAGUUCUAAAAUGUAAACCCUAAAGUAAACCCCUAAAAUGUAAACCAUAAAAGCCCC